AUGGUGCAAAGGACAGUUGCGAACGAUCUUGUCAUUGAAAAAGUCAUCGGAAAGGGAAGAUAUGGUGAAGUCCGUUUGGCGAGAUUCCGAGGAAGCCUUGUUGCUGUCAAGACUUUCUACACAACGGAAGAAGACUCGUGGAACAACGAACGGGAGAUCUAUGAAACUCAAAUGCUCAAUCAUGAAAACAUACUGCAGUUUGUUGCUGCCGACAUAUUCAGUAUGGAUUCAUUUACUCAAAUGAUACUGGUGACUGACUAUCAUCCACUUGGAUCGUUGUACGACUAUCUUCAACAAGAGCAAGCUCUGACCACUCAAGAAGCGCUACAGUUAGCUUACAGCUCCAUUUGCGGUAUCGAACAUCUUCACGCCUCCGUGAUAGGGAACGGGUAG